GUCUGAGAGUGAAAAGGCUCGAUGCAAACAGCAGAUGGCAGUAAAGCUUUACUAAAGUUUCAGAUCCAGUGUGAAGAAGAGGAGGAGGAAGAAGAAGAAGAUAGAUUUCUCUUUUUCUCCACAGUCUUUCAGAUAUAGUUGGAAUCUACAACAAUAUGAAGAACUAUUCAAAAAUCUCUGUGUUUUUAUUAAUAAUCUGUGUGUUUGGAGCUGAUGGAGAUGAUGUGAAGAUAGUGUCAGUGAAGAAGGGAGAUUCUGUCACUCUAAACACUCGUUUAAGAGGGCAGAUUAAUCUAAUAAUGUGGAAGUUUGGAUAUUCAGACUCAUUCAUUACUAAUGAUGAGAGAUUCAGAGACAGACUGGAGCUGAAUCAUCAGACUGGAUCUCUGACCAUCAACAACAUGAGAAUCUCAGACUCUGGACUUUAUCAUCUAUUUAUGGAUCUUCACAACUAUGGGACCUUAUUUAGGACAUUCAUUGUUACUGUCCAUGGAGUGUUUGAUGAAGAUGAAGUGAAGACGGUGUCAGUGAUGGAGGGAGAUUCUGUCACUCUAGAAGCUUGUUUAAAAGAGAAAUUUAAUCGUAUAAAGUGGAGGUUUGGAGGUUCAGGCUCAAUCAUUGCUGAAAUUGAUAGUAAUGAUAUCUCAUAUCCCCUCAAUGACACCGAGAGAUUCAGAGACAGACUGAAGAUGAAUAAUCAGACUGGAUCUCUGAUCAUCAAGAACAUGACAAUCACAGACUCUGGAGUUUAUGAAAUAGAGAUCGAUCAAGGCUCUUGGAACCCAUAUACAGUAUUCAAUAUUGUUAUCUGUGGACCAUUUUAUCCAGUUCUGCCUCCAGAUGCUGUAACACAAACAGUUUUUGUCGUUCUGCUGCCAGUGUUUGCUGUUGUUGCUGCAGUUUCUGCUGUCUUAUGCUAUCGCUGUAAGAUCUCUAAACGAGAAAGGCAAAACGCAGCAGAGGAACCAAAUACAAGGAAUUCAGUGUUAUUACACAUGGUUCCAGAGGAAAAAAUGCAAAUGAAUUUUAGAGAUUCCGCUGUUGAGUGAAGAAAAGUAUGUUAAAGGGUGAUGAAACCCCAAAACACUUUUUUUGAGAUGUAAACAGAUAUGUAUAGGCUGCACAUCAUUGAAAACA